AUGAUCUCCAUCCACGAGACUGAUGACAACGACGAAAGGUAUCUUUUGGUGAUGAAGGGCGCCCCGGAACGUAUUGUCGAUCGGUGCAGUACGAUUUUGAUCAAUGGCCGCGAGGAGUUAAUUAGCAAUCAAUGGAAGGAGGCCUUUAAUAACGCCUACAUGGACUUGGGGGGUAUGGGUGAACGUGUGCUCGGGUUCUGUGACUUCCGUUUGCCUGCUGAGGAAUAUCCAAGGUAG